AAUAAGCUUCUAAGUACCAAUCACCCACACAAUCAAUCCUCUUAUUCAAAUCCAUCUCUUCACAUUUACAUAUCCAUGGCUUUGCAAAAUAAUGCAGCACUUCUAAUCUUUGUUGCAAUCACCUUCUGUGCAGUCUCCGUCUCCGCCAAAGAGUUCGUGGUCGGUGAUGCUAAGGGCUGGGCUGUUGGUCCUUGCUACAAAACAUGGGCUAAAGAUAAGGAAUUCUCCAUCGGAGACGUUCUAGUAUUUAAUUACAAGAAAGGUGAACACGACGUACUAAGAGUGAAUAAAGAAUCUUUCGAAUCCUGCAAUGCAUUGUCUCCUCUUUCAACUAAUGAGUCUGGAGAAGACAUAGUCAAUCUGAUGGAACCAGGCGAAUAUUACUUCAUAUGCGGAAAACCCGGGCAUUGCCAAGAUGGUCAGAAGCUUAGUAUCCGGGUUGCAUGAAACUGUUCUUCCAAAAGAGUAGACUCGAUCAACUUCUCAACUUCUCCUGUCGAUGAAUAUACAGGGGAAAUUAAUAAAUCCUAUAAUAAAGAUUUUUAGUAGAAAAAGAUUUAAGUUUCAUAGAAACUUUGUUUCCUCCUUGGAAACACAUUUCUUUAAUUUAAUAAAUACAAAAUAGAUUCAUAGAAUAUAUUUUUUUUGUAUGGAAUUUGUAAACAUGUACUUUUUUUUUUAAAGUUAUGGUUGAAUGUUGAUUGGACCCGAGUUAUCAGAUGCUGAAAUAAGUUUGUGAUAUUAAACAAAGAUUAUAAAUCAAUAUAAAACUACAAUUUUCGUCUA